GAUGGACCGGGAGCGGGGAGGCCGGUCCGCUGGCUGGCGCAGGCUGGGGCUGAGGUCCGCUCCUCGUCCCUGUCCCGUGGUUUCCUCCCGGGGACCCCCCCUGGGCGAGCGUCUCCCGGGGCUCAGCGGCUCGCAACUUUUGCCCUCCGCUCUAGCAGCCCGCGCCGGGGAGAGGCUCCCGGGUGUCAGGUACGAGCCUCACAGGAAACCGGACAUCCGAACUGCCCUCGGUGGCGGCCGGCGAGGUGAAGCGAGGGCGCCGGCUCCGCCGAUCGCGGUUUUGUUUUUGGCGUUUUGCAAAGAAGGGGGGGCGGGGUGGUUAAGCCCAGUCACCCCGCGAUGUUCCACUCGUCCCGAGGAGCCCUCGGGUCCCUCGUCCCCCCUCCUCCCUCCCCUCGCCCGAAGUGAAAGGAGCCCGGCCGCGGGAGCCGCGGGAGAAGGCGGUGGUGGCGGCGGAGCCGGGGGGCGGGAGGAGGGCGGCAGGGCGCCCGGCGGCGGCGAGGCCCGCGAGCUCCCGGGCGCUCGAGCCUCCUGCGCGCGCGGGGCCGAGCGGUGGCGGUGGAGGCGGCGGGCGCAGGGGCAGGGCAUGACUGAUGCGCCCUCUGCCUGCGCUUAUGUGAGAGAAAGCGGCAAGAGGGAGGGAGCGUGCCGAGCCCAGUCUGCCCUCCCCUCUCUUUCCCUCGGAAGCCUGCUCCCUCCAGCUCCACGCUUUCCUCCAGCCCCACCUCCAUCCACUCUCCUAGCUUUCCCUUUCUCUGCCCUUCUCCCUGGGCUCUGCUAA